AUGCUGCGUGUUGCUGGAGCAGUGGAGGGCGGCGCGGCAGAUGGCAGCCCCCUCAUGUCUGUCUUUUUGGGGCAGAACAAUGCAUCUCUCAGUGCUGCCUGUUGGAGGAGGGGGUGCAGGGGGUUGGAGUGGGACAGCUGGCAGGCAGGACCCCUCCCACUACCUCCACACGCUCAGCCACGCACACUCCGCAAUUAUUUCGGCACGGGCCCCGGCUUAAACAUUUACCAGACCCCUAUAAACAGUUUCAGAACUGACCAGACCCAGUUCCAGUUGAAGCACUUCGCAAACAUCAUUGAUAUGAGAACAGCAGAAGACUCGUCCGGGACAGUCCUGCACCGGCUGAUCCAGGAGCAGCUACGUUAUGCCAACAUGAGCGACACCCGCACCCUCCUGGCCAUCCAGCAGCAGGCCCUACGCGGGGGCAGCAGCAGCAGCGGGGGAGGCACAGGGAGCCCCAGGUCUUCUCUGGAGAGUCUGUCCCAGGAAGACAGCCCAUACAUCUACAUGAACACCAGGCAGGAGCCACAGGGGGAGGAGUACCAGGGAGAGGGCCUGUCCGAGAGCCCCCUGUACCACCUGCACACAGAGGAGCUGCCCACGUAUGAGCAGGCUCGGCUUCUCAUCUCGCAAAAGACUCUAGAUCUGUGUCCUGAGGAGCAGUGGGGCGUGAAGAGGGAGCACGUCCGGUCCCUCAGCGAGCGCCUCAUGCAGCUCAGUCUGGAGAGGAGCUCCACCCAGCCGCUCAUGCCCUCCUCUCACAGUUACCCCCAGCUCUUCAGCUCCAACACACAGCCCCAGAGUGUGGAGCAGAGAGCCCCCCCUCCGCAGUACCCCUGUCCCACCAAACUGCCCGGAUACAUGCUCAGCCACUCGCAGGAACCACAGGGACAGUACUACAGAGAACCACCUCCAUUUUACUCCCAGCACAGGUAUGUUCCAGCCCAGCCUCCACCGCCCUCCCCCCAGAAUGAAGCUCUCCUGAGGGAAAACGAGCGCCUGACGAGGGAGCUGGAGGUGGUAACGGAGAAGGCAUCCCGACUGCAGAAGUUGGAGGGGGAGAUCCAGAGAAUAUCCGAGGCCUACGACACUCUGAUGAAAGGCUCGGUCAAGAGGGAGAGUCUGGAGAAAACCAUGAGGAACAAACUGGAGGCGGAGAUCAAGAGGCUGCAUGACUUCAACAGGGACUUGAGAGAACAACUAGAGUCUGCAACCAAACAGAGGGCAUCCAAGGAGGCAGAGAGCUCAGACCCCAAGCACCACGUUUUUGUCAAACUUCUCGAGCAAAAUGAGGAGCAGCAGAGGGAGAAGGAGCGUCUGGAGAAGCAGGUGUUGUCUCUGCGCGUGUCUGCAGAGGAGUCCCAGAGGAGGCGGGACGUCCUGGAGCAGGCCCUGUCUUCGGCCCAGUCCCGGUGUCGCGCUCUGGAGGAGGAGCUGCUGAGGAAGAGGCUUUACGGACGGAAGCUCGAGGGCCUCCAGAGCUCGCUGGCCCAGCUCCAGGCGGCCUGCGAGAAGAGAGAGGCGCUGGAACUGAGGCUGCGAACGCGACUCGAGCAAGAGCUGAAGAGCCUCCGAGCGCAACAGAAGCAGAUGAGCACCGCCACAGCCUCAGAGCUCAGUGCGUCCUCAUUGGAACAGCACCUGCGGGAGAAGGAGGAGCGGGUCCUGGCCCUGGAAGCCGACAUCACCAAAUGGGAGCAGAAAUAUUUGGAGGAAAGCACCAUGAGGCAGUUUGCUAUGGACGCUGCUGCUACCGCGGCCGCUCAGAGGGAUACAACGAUCAUCAAGCAUUCCCCUCGAACAUCCCCCAACAGCAGCUUCAACGAGGACUUGCCGAUGGCCAGUCACAGGCACCAAGAAAUGGAAAAUAGAAUCCGGGCUCUUCACGCUCAGCUCUUGGAGAAAGACGCUGUUAUCAAAAUCCUGCACCAGAGAUCCAGACUGGAGCAGGGGCGACUCGAGAAACAGGGGCGACUGGAGAACCAGGGCCUCCGAUUGGCUCGCUCCGUCCCGUCCAUCAACACCGUGUUCGUUAGCAGCGAGCUCAAAGUGAUGAAAAGCCUAUCGGAUGACCAGACAGGUGCGGUAGGCGGGGGUCUGUUGUCGACACCCAGGAGCGCGGUUCUCAGACGGGACAGGGGCACCCAGAGCGAGGCCCAGCCGGAGACAGAAGCCGACACGCCAGAGGAAUCCCAAGCAGCAGACGCGUUUGGUGCUUCUGCAGAGGAGCCGAGAGCCAAGACGAGAGAGUCGGAAAUGGUUGAAAUUCUUAUCUAA